AUGCAGUUCACCACCUUCCUCCUCUCGGCCCUCCUCUCUGCUGGCUCCCUGGCCGCUCCUCUCGAGCCCAGGGCUGAGGCCGUCUCCAUGAUGGCCCAGGCCACAACAUGGACCAUCACCAGCCUGCAGCGUGUCGUCGACGCCGCUGACACGACUGCCACCUGGACCUUCGGCAUCAACAACGGAUCGACCACCACCCCUUGCACUGAGGUCGUUAAGGGACCCCCAGCCUCGCAGACCAACGGAGGCCCAGUCACCUGCGGCGCAUACACCGUCACCUCCGGCUGGUCUGGCCAAUUCGGCCCCGGCAACGGCUUCACCACCUUCGCUGUUGUCGACUACGCUGCGGGUCUGAUCGUUUACCCUGCCUACACCGACAAGCAGGUCCAGGCCGGCACAGUGGUUACUCCCGACCAGAGCUACACCCCCUCCAAGCUCGGUUAA